AUGAGUGACAAACUUGCAAGAACAAUUCAAAGAUUUCAAGCCAAGAUCGAUAGUGGUUCGUUCUAUGAGGCCCAUCAAACAUUAAGAACAAUCACCAACAGAUAUGUUAAAGCAAAACAAUAUAAAGAAGCUCGGGAUCUAUUAUACCAGGGGUCGACUAUUUUAUUGAAUAAUAAAGAAUAUGCAUCUGCAUCUGACUUGAUAAAUUAUUUAAUUCAGAUUUAUGAUGAGGAAGGAAUUUUGGUAAGCGAUAAGGAUGCCAAGUUGAAAUUGAUUGAUUUGAUUUCGAACUUACCCAACAAUGAUCCUAGUUUGAAUGAUUUGGCCAAAUCAAGUCUCAACUGGUCGAAGAAAUCUUCUGGGUGCGAGAAAUUUGGUGACUGUGAGUUGCAUCAUUUAUUUGGUUCCAAGUUUUUGAAAUUUGUCGAAUAUGGCACCUUUCAAGACAAUGCCGAGCUGGAAAAUGGAAAAACAGUUUUGGAUCCUGAAGAAAGGGCAAAAGUUUUUGCGAUUGCUGAGUUGCACUUGGUUUUAGGUACUUUUGAAAGUGUUCCAUUGUAUAUCAACUAUUUGGUACAAUACGCAAAGGCUAAUCCUGAUGUUGAUCCUGGGGUAUUUUUAGGUCGGGCCAUCAUAAAUUAUUCUUACUUGAAAAAUAUCAAAUUUGUCAAAGAAGCACAAGAUCUUUUUUUGAAGGAGAUAAAAGUGAGUAAUAAGGAGACACUAAAAACUGACUUUCAAUUUUAUCAAGACUACCCCGUAUUAAACUUUUUGCAAUUAUUGGUUAUCACUUUACAAAAGGAACACACAUCAAACAGCCAAAAGUUUAUCAAGUUAUACGAACAAUACAAGAGUACCUUGCAACAAUACGAGUUUCUUGCUCCUAUAGAGUAUUUGGGGAAAAUAUACUUUAAUGUCAAUAUUGGUAAUUCUAAUCAACAAGGGAACAUGUUGGCUAAUAUUAUGAGUGGUUUGUUUAAAUAG